AGCAGCUGCAACAGCCGACAAACCACAAAGCCUGCCAUGAAGACCCUGAUCGUCCUGAGCGUGGUGCUGGCCGCGGCAGUGGCGAAGCCCGGCUACCUGGGCGCUGGACUGCUGGGUGCCGGUCUGGCAGCCCCGGCCAUCGCAGCCGCCCCCAUCGCCGUGCCGGCGAUCCCGCAGCCCCCGGCCAACAUCAUCAUCGGACCCGGCGGCGUGCCCCUCGACACCCCUGAAGUGGCGGCAGCCCGCGGCGCCCACCUGGCCACCGUAGCUCAGACGCGGGCCCGCGACGCCAUCAUCAACUCGGCCGCCAUCCUCGCCGCCCCAGCCGCCAUCGCCGCCGCCCCCGCCUACGCGGUCGGCGCCCCCGCGCUGAUCGGCGGCCUCGCCCCCUCGAUCGCCGCUCUCGGACCAGCGGUGGCUGGCGCCCCUGGAGCCCUGGCUGCUGCCGCCCACUUGCAGGCCAAGGCUGCCCUGCUGGGCUGAACUGCACUUUACAACGACCUGUCAGCAGAGUGACACUACGUAUGUCACUGACCAUUCUUCUACACCCCAACACAGAGGCUACAGACAUUAAUGUACAUACGUUUUAUAAAUAAACAUGCAAAAUUA